CAUAACGUAAUUACAAAUGUCAGAAAAUAACGUAACUCGUAACAUAAAUGUGGGGGCACCGGUGGUGGUGAAUUGUGUUUUAUUUAUUAUAUUUGAACAAUACGAUAACGUUGUAUGAAAAACACUUAAAGUGUCACAUUUGUGCAUUGCGAGUUGGAGCUUGCAGUUUUGAUUUCAAAGGAUUACCUUUAAAGUUGCAGAGCUUUAUUCUUUAUUUUAAACAAGAAAUUGAAGUGGUCAAGUUAACAUGGUCUUUAAGUGCCAGGAAGACAGCUUUUUGAAAGAGUUUACUUCAAAAGUAAUCUCAUGUGAUAAAAGUGAAUUUGAUGCAACCGUUGACGGUAAAAAUGUUAAAAUUAACGGAUAUGAGGUCAUCUUGGAAAAUACUGUUUUAUUUCCUGAGGGCGGCGGCCAGCCCUGUGAUCAUGGUUUUUUGAAUGACCAACCCGUGUACCAAGUAAGUCGUAGAGGCGAUAAAGCAGUACAUUUCGUAGAAAAACCCUUCAAUGUGGGUGAUGAUGUUAAAGGAGUCAUUGAUUGGAAUCGUAGAUUGGAUAAUAUGCAACAGCAUUCAGGCCAACAUUUGAUCUCUGCCAUAUUAAUCAGAGAAUUCAAGUUUGAUACAAUCUCCUGGUAUUUGGGGGAAGAAGUGUCAUAUGUUGAACUAGAUACACCCAAAAUUACUCAAGAACAGAUUGAUCACGUUGAAAACAUUUGUAACGAGCUUAUUAGGGAACAUCGACCAGUCGUUGUUGACAUUUUUGAUGAAAAUACACCCCCAGAAAAACUAGAAAAUUAUCGCAGCGCUCGCGAUCUUCCAGCAGACCACGUGGGUGAUAUACGAGUUGUUACCAUUGAAGGUAUUGACAGUAACAUGUGUUGUGGCACCCAUGUUGCAAAUUUGAGUCAACUGCAAGCAAUCAAAUUAUUACAUUCGGAAAAAAGUAAAAGAAAGGAUAAAGUCCUACUGUAUUUCUUAAUCGGUAAUAGAGUCAUAAAUCGUUUGAAUAAUUGCUUAAAGCGGGAACAAAAAUUGACGGCAUUAUUGAAAACAAAUCCCGUCCAACACCCAGAAUUUGUGGAAAAGUUAAUACAAAAUACCAAAAGCCUUAACAAAAACCUACAAACGGUUUUGAAAGACUUGGCAGUGUAUGAAGCUGCCAAACUGAAGGAGAGUAAAGAGAAAUAUUUUAUUUUGCAUCGCAAAGAAGCUGAUCCUACUUUUAUGAGUAUUUUGAUCAAAGAGGCUGGGAGAACUGAUAUUUUCCAGUUUUUGUCAGUUGGUGAUGAAAAAGGUGCUGGGAAUAUUGUCUUGUAUGGUAACGAAAAAGCAAUUACUGAUUUGUCUCCGAAUAUUUGUGAGCUGUUGGGAGGUAAAGGUGCUGCUCAAGGCAACAAGUUUCAAGCCAAGGUCACAAACUUAUCUAAUCACAAAUCAGCCGUGAAACUUGUUAAGGAGUAUUUUGACCAAAAAUAAAAUUGUUAAUUGUU